UCAGGUUACGUGCCCCGUAAUUCCGGGAGCGAGUUGGGAGUAAUUUUUGAAUUCCAUCGACCCUGUUACCGCUUGCAGCCCCCUACCCAGGCAACAGGUCCCCCAAAUAGCAAGCUGCCAAUGGAUUGCCUGGCAGCGGGAUUGAAGCAGCGCAUCAGAGACAACUUCCUAAACAUCAGUGCUGAGAUGUUGGAGCGUUUGUGGGAGAAAAUGGACAAUCGAUUGGAUUAUACUGUUGGAAGAGGGAAAAGUAAUUACGGAACAGUGUUAAGUUUAUUGGUAUCCAGAUUGCAUUGUGUUUUUCGAGCAACAGAAAAUGGUCUCGUAAUUAAGGAUUUGAACAGUUCAAAUGGAACAUUUGUUAAUGACCAAAAAAUUCCAGCAAAUACAGAUUGUAUUCUAAAAGUUAGUGAUGUUAUUGGAAUCGGUGUUUCUAAUCCGAAAGCUGCUGACCAUUUUGUAUUUAAAUUAGUAAAUGAAGACUGUGAAGACAGCAAUAACAUUGUUUGUCAUAGUGUAAAAAAUGAACCUUCCACAGAGAGGAAAUCAUCAAGAACUGAAAAAUCACCAUGUAUACUUACAGUGGAAGAAGAGGAGGAUGAAAAUGAUGAGCCGCUGAUAAUAGAGCAAGAGAUAGAUGUCAUUGACCUGAUUGAAGAUGAUGAUAAUAAAACUACUGCAGGCAGUACAAUUAAAUCAGCUUCUUCAUGCCUUGCUUCUUGCACUAAUUCAGGAACUUCCUCCUCAUUGGAAGUUGAAAACAGAAAAACAAUAUGCAUCAAAAAAGAAAAAUUGCAUACUGAUGUUGAAGGCAGUGCGCAGUGUGUGAAUGGUGGUAAAAGAAAUGACCCAAGAUCAGUUGCUUGUGAUGUAAUAAAUUUGAGAGAAAAUGAGGGUAGGUUUAAAGAUAUUAAAAUAGAAUCGGGAGUAGAAACUCGAACUGUAGUGGAGGCGUGCAAUUUGCAGCCAAGUGGACUAAACAGUGUUUGUGAUAACCAGUGUGUGGUAAAAGUAGAGAAACCUGCUUCUAGCAGUGUGAACACUGAAAAUAACAGAGUAGAGAAUGUGUGCGGGUCUUGUGAGGUAAAUAUAUCAUUUACUGAUUUGCAGAGAAAAAAUUUACCAGAGAUAAAAAUAAAAGAGGAGGAUAUUAACACACAUUCGACAAGUAAUUCUUGUAAAAAUAUAACUUAUUGUGAUAAAGAGAAACAAACUUCAUGUUUUGACACUCCAAGUAGAACAAAGUGUGUGCCUGAAAUAGGGACUAGUUCAAAAAAUGUGAUUAUUGCCAAUGUGAAACAAGAAAAUACAGAGAAAUGCAAAAAUUCAGAAUUAAGUGAAAAUGUUAGUGAAAAUAUAACUCUUAAAGACAACAGUUCUGUGCAAAAAGGGAACACUUGUGUUUUAAGCUCUAGGGUAGAAAGUUCACAGAAAUUAGCUUCUAAAAGGACCCAUGAAGAAAGUGUCCAAUCUUUACCGGAUGAUAGUGCAGAAUCCCCACGACCUGCAUCAAAGAAAAGAAAAUCUUCAAUAGUUAAAGAUGGCAGUAGUGAAUCUAAUAGUGGUUCAUCUACUAACUCUGCGAGUGAAAGGUGUGACUCCUCGUCUCGAUUACACCUAGAUGUUGAAAGUGAUAAUGAAGAUAUGUGGUUUAACACAUUUGCUGUUCCUAUAUUAGAUCAACUAGAAAAGACAGAUGCGAGAAAAUCUGUCGGUAAAGAUCCAGUGGAUGGUAUCAAUUCAAAAAGGGCAUUGGCGAAAAAUGGUACCUUUACUAAUGUUAACACUAAGAGAACGAGAAAUGCAGGUACAUUUAUUUUAAGUGAAAUGCGAACCUUGCCUGCAUAUUUAAAUCCUGUGAUAAUUCUUGAGAAGUUAGAUCUUAAAAAAUUACAAGAAACCAGACAUGAUAUAAAACAAGAAAGGGAUAUUUCUUUUGAUGAAGCUUUGUUUGAGGAAUCACUGCAAUUACAUACGUCAACUCCAAAACAAGGUGAUCUUCCACAAAUCAAUGAAAAUUGUCACACUACUGAGAAUCAUAAUACAUCAAUAAUUAAUUAUUCACAAAGUGAUGAUGUUAUUGUUAUUGAUGAUGAUGAUGAUUUUAUGGAUGUGGGGAAAGACAACAAAAGCGUCAUACAAAAAGAUGAAGAUUCUGAAGAUGGUAAAGAAGAAAUAUGUGUGAAACAAGAGGUUUUUGAAGAGGAUGAACAAGUAAUUGAGGAUGAGGAGGAUGAUGAUGAGGUGGAAUUAGUAAAUGAUUGGGUUUUACGACUUUCACAGUCUUCUAGUCCGGUAAUUGAGGAUGAAAUAAGGCCAUCAUCAUCAGGAAAGUUGAAAAGGCGCAGUCUGUUUAUACUUGAUAGUGACAGCUCUGAUGAAGAUUACACUUCAAAUCUGGCUGCAAAUAUUGCAGUGGGAGGGGAUAUUGUCAAUCAAAAUCCAGACCUUAAUUCUGACAAAUGUAGUAAAAUCAUCUUCGAUGAUUUCUUAAAGAAUCGGAGUAAUGAAUUAUCUUUAAAAUCAAAGGAAUUGGUAAACAACAGUAUUAAAGAACAGACAAGAAUAAGAAAUAAGACAAUAGAUCAAUGUAGUGAGAUGUCACUGACUGAUAAAACAAAUGAAGACCUUCAGAGUGAAAAUGAAUCAGACUUAUCACCUUUGAGUGCCUAUGCUGACAAGCUUUUGGAAAGUGCUCUUCCAGCUUGUGGGAAGAAACCUAGUAAGAAAACUAGUAACUCUGCAGAGGGUAGCAUCACAAAAGAGUUGCAUGAAAAUGCUAAAUCCAAUGUAGGUGAUUCUAGUCGGCGUACUUUACUGUGUUCUGCCCUACCAAUGAAGUUAAAAUCUCGUUCAAAAGUUACAGCAGAAAGCAGAGAUCCAAAGAAAGCUUCAGGUUUUAAUUCAGAUGUAGCAAAACAUUGCCCAGUUAAUGAGUUCAGAAAUACUGAUUUACUUCAAAGCAAAAAGAGUUCUAGUGAAUGCAAAUCAAAAUCAAGCGUUCAUAAAAAUGUUGAUAACAGUCCUGUUUCUGAGAAAGAAUUGAAAAUGAAAGUUAAAGAAGAUAGAAAGGCAAAACUUAAAGCAUUAACAGAUCAAAAAAGAAGUGCUACUACAAGCAAUACUGAAACAAAAGAAUCGUCAAAAUCUUCCAACAAAAGUCACCAUCAAAACGUAGUAAAAAAUACAACGUUAAGUAGAGCCGAUAAACUUACAGAAUCUUUGGUAGGUUCACUUGAAGCCAAACCUUCAAAAUCUAAAAAAAUAAAAGUCAGAGUGAUAAAGAAGAACAAUUCAGGACAAAGUUCCGCGUGUGACAAUACAAUACCUGGAGAGAACUCUUCUUACUGCAAAAAGUCUUCAGUGAUAAAUACUAUUACAUCAGAAGUCGCUGCACCGAAACAAACUGCUGGUGAAGAAACUGCACCAAAACAAAGUGAAUCUAAUGGUGACAAAUUAGAUUUAGAUAUACCUGUUUCUGAAGUUGAAAUUAAAAUAAAGAAAUUAUCCUUCAAGGAUGUGUAUAAAAUACCAAAAUUGAAACAGUCUAAUAGUUCAGAGACACAAGCAGAAGACAGAGAGAAAAGAACAAAAGAACUUCAGACUGCCACAAAAAAGCAUCUGAACAAGCCUUCUGCCCUGAGGAACAUAGCAUUAUCAUAUCCUAAAAAGACUGUUCGUUUUGCUCCUGGUGAAUCUCUUUGUGAAGUUCAGACCUUCAUGAUAGAGCCAGGUAAUGUAUUACGUCGUAUUGAUGGGAAAGAUAUUCCUGUCAGAAAGCGGAUGGCUGAGCAAGCAGGCAUUUUAUAUGACACAUCAACAAAAAUCCUGAAUCGUGUGACAACUGCAAUUUUAAGGCAUUGGAAUCCUCGUUGGAUGGCGGAACAAGCAGUAAUACUACGAAAUGGAGGAGAACCUCCACCUGCUCAUUGCCAGAACACCCCAGUAUCUACCUUAUGCCCAAUGUUAACUGCCUUUUCAAAUUAUGAAGAAUACCUGAAAAUUAUAGAUCCUUUAAUGAUGUUGGAUUUAUGGGCUAAAGUCAGCGAGGAUUCCAACAAACCAAAUCCAAGGAUGAAAAGAAAAUAUGAUAUUACAGUACUUGAGAGCAAGGAUGCGAAUGGAAUUGUUACCCUGAAUUGCUCUAUGCCUCUCAAGUCCAAAGAAGAAAAGGAGGGAUUGAGUCUUCACGUAGGAGAUCUUUGUAUUCUACGUUACCCUAUGUGGAAUCACAGCACUGGUGAUUUGAGACAUAAUAUGGUAGCAUCUCAACAGGAGUCAUAUUAUGAACGCUUUGCUUAUAUUCACUCUUUGACAAAAGAUUUUCGCUCAACAAAUAACCAGAAUCGAUGGAAUACUCCUGGAAAUGCAAGACAGAUCUCCCCUAUAUAUGGUGUAAUGAAUCUAGUUAUUAAAGUGAAAGGCGAUUCCUCCUUGAAGUUGAUCAAUGCCUCAUUAAGGAUAAUAAGUGGAAUCCGUACUGAACUGCGCCACUUUGAAGCCAUUGGAUACUUGGAGCAUACAAAACUCUGUAACAUGAUAUUAAAUCCACGAGUUGAAGAUUUUAAAAUUCCAUGUUCUGAUCCAAAUGUGAAAAUUGUAACUGAGGACCUUCUGAAUGCAGCCCAGAGGACUGCAGUAAUGAAGGGCACUGGAAAAACUCAAGUGAUACUCAAUAUUAUCAAACAAGUUUUAUACCCAAAUGGUCAUUAUUCAAAAGCUCGUUUUGAUAAAAAGACUCGAAUACUCUUAUGUGCACCAUCAAAUGCUGCUGCUGAUGAAAUGGCUGAAAGAUUAUUAAAUCUUCGCACACAAAUGCCAAAAGAAAAACGUUUCAAAAUGGUUCGAACUGGGCCCUUGGAAUAUAUGCGAGAAAGUGUACGUGGCAUUUCCCUGGAUGAAUUGACAAAAAAGGAAGUUGAACACGUAUUGCCACAACAAACACAAUUUGAAAGUGUAGAACUUGAGAAACAUGUUCCUGGGCCCAAGAUCUCUGAAAUUGAGAGGGAAGCGAAGAAAAAAGUUCUGUUUCAUGCUGACAUUGUUGUCACAACUUUGACCUCUUCGUACAGUCCACAAAUUACUGAAGUAUUUGCAUCAAGAAAUGGCAGAAAUAAUAUACGUUUUGCAUGCUGUAUCAUUGAUGAAGCAACACAAUGCACAGAGCCUGAGAGUUUAAUUCCUCUAAUGUUGGGCAUUGAAAGACUGGUAUUAGUUGGAGAUCCUGAACAAUUACCAGCAACUGUUCUUUCACAGGUGGCAAAAACAAAAUCUUUUGGUCAAUCUCUUUUCAACCGAAUCUGGAAUAAAUUUCAGAAUGAAGCAAAUAAUCCUAUCAUUUUUCUGAAUACUCAAUAUAGGAUGCACCCUGAAAUUUAUCAUUGGCCAAAUACCUAUAUAUAUCAUGGCAGGGUGAUGACGGAUCCUAGUUGUCAAGUUGUGUGUCCUCUGAAACCAUAUUGUUUAUUUGCUCAUAGAUUUCAGCAGAACAGUCAUAAUUUUGUAAAUAGUAAUGAAGCAAGAUUAGUAUUGGAGAUUGCAAUGGGUGUAGCACAUUCAUUUCACGAACAUGUGAAGACAAUUGGAAUCAUAACUCCUUAUCAGCAGCAGCUGCAAGAAAUUAAGACUUGUUUAGACAGAAGCCGGACCAAUAAUGUUACAGUUGUUGUAAAUACUAUUGAUGGCUUCCAAGGUAGAGAAUGUGAUGUUAUAAUUUUUUCCUGUGUCCGAACAAGAGGAGUUGGAUUUAUGGGUGAAUCUCAGCGACUGAAUGUGGCUCUUACAAGAGCUCGUCGUUCUCUUAUUAUAUGUGGCAACUUUGUCUCACUACAAGAUUCAGAUGUCCAUAGGCAAAUGUACAUUCUUUCAGUCAAAAUUUUUCCUUUGAAU